GACAUUUUUUUUUUUAGACGAAUGCAGAAAGGUGUGUUUACGUUGUGAGGAGUGUUGUGACAUCGUGUUUGUAUUACGAUAUUUAUUUAAAAUUUAUUUACGCGAAACAAAUAUGUAGAUUCAUCUAUUUUAGAAUGUAAUAAGGGAGAUUACGGUGUAAGGAUACAACUACUUUCAGUAUUAGUUGCGAAAGUCCGGCGAGGGGCUGCUUCCCCCUCUCUUCAGGCGGGAGACGCGUAGGCCCCGCCACCAUGGACCAGCAGGCUCUGGUUCAGUCGAAGCUCUCCGCCGGAGAGAACGCAGUGGCCGUGCACGAGGCCAGCCUGAUGCAGGGCUGGGUGCGCACCUCGCGCCUGCUGGCCCUCGUGGAGCACGCCGGCCACCACGCCCUCUUCGUGGUCAUGAGCUCCCGCGUGCCCCCGCAGCUCUUCUCCGACCUCACCAUCGAGCUGGCGCUGCCCGUCGACGCCGACCUGCGCUGCGACAUCGACACGGACAGUAAGCACCAAGACGGCUCCGACGUCUACGUCAACAUCUCGUCGCGCAAGCUGAAACUGUUGUUCGAAAUGAUACCAGGGCUGAAGACCAGUAACUUUGUGGGGGAGUUGUUCAGGGUUAUCGAAGUGUUCACGAAGAAGCGCGGGCCGCCCCCCGACUUCCGCUGGCUGCAGAAGUACUGCGGGGGCGUGACGACCAACAGCAGCGAAGCUCCCGACGGGAGCGCGGAGUCGAGCAACGACGCCGGCCACGACCGGGAGGGGACGGAGAACCUGGCCGUCGAAGGAACCUUGCUGGACCUGGGCAGCCCGGACAUCGCAGUGCCGCGGCAGAGCAUCGCGAAGGGCACCACGCCCAUCGCCGCGAGGGAGAGCGUCAUCCGGUACCAGAUGGCGAUGAAGGAGCACCACUACACCUACACCCAGGUCUUCAGGAUCUUCGUGGGGACGUGGAACGUGAACGGCCAGCCCCCCACGGUGGAGCUCACGGAGUGGCUGGCUCACGACCCGGAGCCGCCCGACAUCUACGCCAUCGGCUUCCAAGAGCUGGACCUCAGCAAGGAAGCGUUCCUCUUCAACGACACGCCACGGGAAGAGGAGUGGAGGAAGGCGGUGAUGACCGGCUUGCACCCGAAGGCGCGCUACCACAAGGUGGCACUGGUGCGGCUGGUCGGCAUGAUGCUGCUGGUGUUCGUGCAGGAGCAGCACGUCGCGUACGUGCGCGCCGUCGCCACGGAGACCGUCGGCACCGGCAUCAUGGGCAAGAUGGGAAACAAAGGGGGAGUCGGGGUGCGUUUCGAGCUGCACAACACGUCCUUCUGUUUCGUCAACUCCCACCUGGCGGCGCACGUCGAGGAGUUCGAACGGCGCAACCAGGACUACCACGACAUCUGCUCUCGCCUGAGCUUCACGCGCUUCCUGCCGCCGAAAGGCAUCAAGGACCACGACCAGGUGUACUGGCUGGGCGACCUGAACUACCGCAUCACGGACCGCGACGCGCGCGAGGUGAAGGACUACAUCGACGAGGGCAACUACGAGGCGGUGCUGCAGUACGACCAGCUGAACCAGCAGCGGAGGCUGCGCGCCGUGUUCGUCGGCUACCGAGAGGGCGUCAUCAACUUCCGGCCCACCUACAAGUACGACAGCGGCUCGGAUAACUGGGACUCCAGUGAAAAGAACCGCGCCCCCGCAUGGUGCGACAGAAUACUGUGGAAAGGAGAAGGCAUUCAGCAGGUGGCGUACCGCAGCCAUCCCGAGCUGAAGAUCAGCGACCACAAAGCCGUCAGCGCUGUCUUUGACUCGCAGGUGCGCGUGAUCGACGCGGUCAAGUACCGCCGCAUCCACGAGGAGGUGAUGAAGAAGCUGGACAAGCUGGAGAACGAGUUCCUGCCCCAGGUGAUGGUGGACAACACGGAGGUGAUCUUCGACACGGUGCGCUACCUGGAGGGGCAGAGCAAGGAGCUCAUCGUCGCCAACACGGGGCAGGUACCUGUUACGUUUGAGUUCAUCAAGAAGCUGGAUGACUCAAGUUACUGCAAGGAUUGGCUGAGCAUUGAACCUUAUGCAGGUUUCAUAAUGCCAGGCGAGAAGGCUGACAUUAAGCUGGAAGUGUACGUCGACAAGUCAUCGGCUUUCAAGCUGAACUCCGGGGAAGACAAGCUGUACGAUAUACUGGUGCUCCACUUAGAAGGCGGGAAAGACAUCUUCAUCACCGUCACUGGCACCUACGAGAGGAGUUGCUUCGGCUCGUCGAUCGAGGCGCUGGUGUACAUCUCCGUGCCGGUCAGAGAGAUUCCCGUGGGUCGGCUCAUGGAGUUGGAGAACACGAAGGAGGUCAGCAGCCCCCAGGACCCGUACCCCAUCCCGAAGGAGGUGUGGUUCCUGGUGGACCACCUGUACCGCCACGGCCUGAAGCAGCCCAACCUGUUCGAGCAGCCGGGGCUGCACUCGGAGCUGGUGGCCGUCCGCAACUGGCUCGACUGCGGCUCCCCGGACCCCUUGCCGGGCAGCGUCCACUCGGUGGCCGAGGCCCUCCUGCUGCUGCUGGAGUCGACCGCGGAGCCGAUCGUCCCCUACAACCUGCACAGCGUGUGCCUGGCCGCCGGCUCCAACUACCUGCAGUGCAAGCAGCUCGUGAUGCAACUCCCAGAGCACAGGAAGAACGUGUUCCUGUACCUGUGUGCGUUCCUUCAGGAGGUGCUGAGCCACGCCACAGAGAACGGUCUCGACGCAAAGACGAUUGCUACUCUCUUCGGCACAAUUUUCCUGCGAGACCCCCCGCGGAGUCGUGGGGACCCGGCCAGCAGGAACCGGAACAGCCAGGCUGUCGACCGGAAGAAAGCAAACUUCGUGUACCAUUUCCUGGUGAACGACCAGAGCGACUUGAUCCUGGGUCGCUAGCCGUCGACGGUGCACCUCGCGUCUUGCCAAGCACUUCACGAGAAGUGCCGAGGGGGUUGGUGCUACUGGAGCGACCCCCUCCUCUUCCGAGGCAGGCUGCCUGUUCCGCAGCCGCCUGACAAAGUAGCACCACACAACACGUUUUUGUGUUAAUGCAUGUGUACGUUCCUGUAAACAUCAGCUACCCAGGUACAUGACCGUAAAAUUUGUAAAGUGGAUCACCGCCUUACAAAGUUACAAAAAUAUCUAAAUGUUUUAUGGCAGUUUUUCAUGUAUAAGAAAAAGUGAAAUCUAUGAAAUUAAAAAAAAUACCAGAACUACCUGUGUUUGGUUGUUGGCAGUUUUUAGAGGCAACUGGGAAGAUUUUUGGAGUAUGGUACAAAUCAUUUUUUUUUCUUUCUUUGUUAUUGCAAAAAACAUUAUACUGAGAAACAAAGAAUAUAAAAUGCAAGCUGACAUAUCUUAGGUCAUACAAAUAGUUUUUUUUAUACAAAUACGCAGAAAGUUGUGUAUGCUUUAGCUCUCGAUAUUUUUUACUUUCAGUAUGAUUGUUUAUGUUGAUAUUGUGUAAAUCACACUUCUUAGUUACCGCUUAUAUUUAUUCUACUAUACCUAUAUAUUAUAUGUAUAAUGUGCACGAGGUUGUAGUAAUAUAUAAUUUACUAUGUUCACAUUUAUUUAUAGGUGUAGCAGUUAUAAUGCUAUACAAUUAAACUAUAUUCUCACGUAUCCAAUUAUAUUCAGUAAAUUGUAAAUCUUUUGCAUUUUCACAUAGUGUUAUGCUACACUACUACACUGUGGUUUCAGUGAGUCUUGGUACAAGUAAUUUAUUCAUUAAUAGUACUGUAAGCAAAUUUGUAAGUUUAAUUUUAAAAAACUGAUUGACUUGUAUUUGUAAACUGUAAAAGUUUUUGAAUAAGAUUAAGUGAAUAUUUGGUACUUGUAUCAUCAUUGAAUAGUUGAAGACCUUGGGUGUAAACAGUGAUAACACUCAUGUUGAAAUUCCCAUUUAAAGUGUUGAUUGUGAGAUUUGUACAUUAUCCUGUGGUUUAUAUUUUUGAAGUUAAGUUUUCAUGAAAACUGUUCACAAGAAUGUUGGUUAUCACUAUUUACACCCAACGUCUUCAAUUUAAAUUAUUAAUUUUCAAGCAGUCCUCUCAAAAAAAAGUUGGUGAACUAAACAUUUUAAGGUUAAACUAAUGUCCGUGUGCCUAACAAAUGUUCAUUGUGUUUAUAUGUAGUUAUUGUACUAUUUGGGAGUCAGUUGUAUUAUUCUCUAAGUAUAAAACUCCAUAUUCAUAUUACCAGUCACAAUUUCAUUAUGUUAAUUAUUGUAUCCAUUGAGUUGUAUUGGAUGAUCUCAAAUGUAAAUGUCCUUAAAUAUAAUGCUCUCAAAUUUAAGAAAGAAUUGGCAUAUGAAAAAGAGUUUGAUUGUGAGACAAUCAAGAAUAUAAUUAUACCUACCUUAAAUAUCACA